AUGGCUACGAACAGCGGCGCCGUCGGCAACGAAAACAUCAACACUGACAUCGUCACUCUCUCGAGAUUCUUCACGGAAGAACAGAACAAGGUCCCUGAGGCCACAGGUGACUUCACACUCCUCUGCCAUGCCCUCCAAUUCUCCUUCAAGUCCAUCGCCUACUACAUCCGUCGUGCCUCAUUAAUCAACCUCACCGGUCUCGCCGGUUCCUCAAACACAACCGGUGACGACCAAAAGAAGCUCGAUGUCAUUGGAAACGAUAUCUUCGUCGCUGCCAUGCGCACCUCCGGCAAGUGCCGCAUCCUCGUCUCUGAGGAGGAGGAAGAAGCCAUCAUCUUCGACGAACAUCCCAACGCCCGCUACGCUGUGGUCUGCGACCCCAUCGACGGCUCCUCCAACCUAGACGCUGGCGUCUCGGUCGGAACCAUCUUCGGUAUCUUUAAGCUCCCCGACAGCAUUCUCGGUCCCAACAAGAAGGUCACAGCGGACGACGUUCUCCUCCCGGGUACCGAGAUGGUUGCCUCUGGUUUCACAAUGUACGGCGCCUCCGCGCAGCUCGUCAUUACCAUGAAGAACGGCGGCGUCAACGGCUUCACACUCGAAAACUCCCUGGGCGAGUUCAUCCUCACCCACCCCAGCAUGCAGAUGCCUCCCACCCGCGCCAUCUACUCUGUCAACGAGGGUAACAGCAUGUACUGGGACGAGUGGUGCAACGCCUACUUCGACUCCCUCAAGCGCCCCGGCGAGGGCAAGAAGCCAUACAGCGCGCGUUACAUUGGUUCCAUGGUUGCAGACGCUUACCGUACCCUGCUCUACGGCGGUGUUUUCGCGUACCCGGCGGACUCGAAGAGCCCCAAGGGCAAGCUGCGUAUUCUGUACGAGUGCGCGCCCAUGGCCAUGAUCUUCGAGAACGCCGGCGGCAAGGCCGUCAACUCGCGCAUGGAGCGCCUUCUGUCCGUCCAGCCCGAGUCUAUCCACGACAAGAGCGGUGUCUUCCUUGGCUCCAGGGACGAGGUCCAAAAGAUCAUCGAUACCUUCAACAAGUACAAGAAAUGA